AACAUUCUAUAACCGUCCGCACUUCGUAUCCAUUGCGCCAAGUCCUGCACCGACCCGACACCUCGGGACGCAUGAUAAAGUGGGCCAUCGAGCUCGGACAAUUUGACAUCCAUUAUCAACCGAGGACCGCAAUUAAAGCACAAGCCUUAUCCGACUUCAUCGCCGAAUUCACUCCGGCAAUAACAGUUAAUGAUGAUAAUCAACCGUGGGUUCUUUAUAUUGACGGUUCCUCAACAGCCAACCGAGCAGGUGUAGGAAUAGUCCUGGCAAACCCAGAAAACCGAUUAUUCUGCCACUCGGUGAAAUUUCUCUUCCCGGCAACAAACAAUGAAGCCGAAUAUGAGGCCUUGCUAUCCGGAUUAAAUCUAGCUGAAUCUAUGAAUGUGAAACAACUAAAAUUUUUUUCAGACUCUCAGCUCCUCGUCAAUCAAAUUAAUGGCUUGUACGAAGUUAAAGAACCUCGGUUGACCCCGUAUCUGUCUUUGGCAAAAAAGAAGUUGACAAAGUUCGCUGCCGAAGUAGAGCACAUUCCACGAACCCUCACUGUUCAAGCAGAUGCUCUCUCUCGAUUAGCCUCAAGUACCGGGAUGGAGAGCAUGGAGUAUGUCCAAAUCGGACAACAAGAAAAUCCUUCAACCACCCUUUCCGAAGGCCUAUGUUUCAAAUGCGAAGAGAAAUUUACGCCAAGCCAUCAAUGUAAGCAAGCUUUUGUGAUCGAAGUUGCUAAUUCUGAUGAGGAAGGAUCUGAGGUCGAGGAAGAACCACAUCAGGAGGAUGAGGUUGAAGUGCCUGAUGAAGAAGCAGAAAUUUCGAUGCACGCAAUGGCAGGGAUUAGAGGGCCAAGGACGAUGCGAUUGCCAGCUUGGGUCAAGGAUCGUAGGGUGAUGGUGCUCGUAGACAAUGGGUCAUCACACAACUUCAUUAAUGUUGAUUUGUCCCAGAAGCUGAAUUUACCAACCACGAAGAUUGAGCCUUUUGAGGUACGAGUAGCUAAUGGUGAGAGGCUGCAAUGCGCUGAAUCUUUUCGAAAGGUGCCGAUCAAGUUCCAAGGAGUUACGGUAAAGGUUGAUCUCUAUGCUUUACCCCUAGUCGGACCUGAUGUCGUGCUAGGAGUCCAAUGGCUCGAAGGGUUAGGCAAGGUGACCACCGACUACCGGACUGGAGUUAUGGA